GCCCCGACAUAGAAUGCAUUGAAAGCCUCGGGUCAUAGGUGAGCACUCGUUGUUUGCAAGUGUUUUGACUCAGUGCGACUACCAUACACACGCACUGUCCGUGCCCCUUGACGGCAGUCGGAGUUCUUGUUUGAUUACCAAGAUGGCGGAAGCUUCCUCUCAAGCGGCUCGGUUUUUCUGUCAUUGCUGCUCCGCAGAGAUCGCACCUCGAUUACCGGAUUACAUCUGUCCCCAGUGUGACUCUGGUUUCAUUGAAGAACUGGCAGAUGAAACAAGGAAUGCUGAAAAUGGCUCCAGUUCCACGACUUCGACCAGUGACCAGAAUCGACACCCUAUCGAGAAUUUAGAACAAUUGUUUACAUUACGCCCAGGAUUUGGACAGUUUGCUUUUGAGAUAUUUGAUGAUGGUCCCGAGUUUCCAUCGUUCCUGUCUGGUGGACAGCAGAGUGAGAACAGAGAUUCCGAGAACAGAAGAGAGCGGGAACACCAGUCACGACAGAGGUAUAGCGCUAGGUAUCCAAGGGCUCGUGUCACAACAAGACGUACUGCUGGAAGACAGGAAGGUACUCCAACUCUAGAAGGAAUUAUUCAGCAGUUGGUUAAUGGAAUCAUAGCACCUACAACAAUGCCAACAUUAGGAUUAGGCCCUUGGGGAGUUUUACACUCAAAUCCAAUGGACUACGCUUGGGGAGCCAAUGGUCUUGAUACGAUUAUCACAGGUAAAACAAAGUAUAAUUUGUUUACUAGGUCUCAUCCCCCUCCUAUGGACAAGAAACGUUCUCGCUUGGACCCAUCUUCACCGGUCGACGGACAACAUGUCGGUGUUGGAUUGGAGUGCCCAGUGUGUAAAGAAGACUACAGUAUAGGAGAAAAUGUCCGUCAGCUUCCAUGCAAUCACUUAUUCCACAAUGACUGUAUAGUACCUUGGCUGGAGCAGCAUGAUACUUGUCCAGUCUGCAGAAAAAGUUUAAGUGGACAGAACACAGCAACAAACCCUCCAGGACUGUCAGGGAUCAAUUUUUCUACUUCCUCUUCCUCCUCUUCAUCAGCUAGUUCGCCGACUAAUGAAAAUUCAUCAAACAGCUCUUGAGUAUCAGCAGGACUUGUCCAGAACAAAACUGGAGCAGCUUUCAAAUCCAACAGACAAGGAGAUAUAGCUGCCAGUUACACUUCCAUAUUUGUAGCCUGAUUCUGAACAUUUUCUCACAGACGGUCAAGCACCUGAGAGCUCAUCAUAACCAGCUGCAGGAAAAAUUGUUUCAGAAUUCCAUGGAAAACAGUGCAGACUGCCAAAAGCAUUAUGGAUACUGCUGGACAGAUGGUCCAUACUACCAGAUAUGUGGAAUUCCUCUCAGUUCAUAGAUGGCAGUUGACCGUGUUAGAAAUUCUCACUCCCUAACAUUAAUCAGAACAAAGGAAAAGAUUGUUGAUUGUGCAGUUUCCAGAGUUCUUUCACAUUUUUAUUUUUGUUGUUGUUUUUUUUUUUUUUUUGCAUUUAAGUUUAAAGUACAGGUACAUAAAAAAAACGUAAUUUCUGCCACAGAUGCACUGCAUUUCUCACUUCCUUGGAUUAAUUUCUAUCGCUAGGGAUCAUAAAUCAGGCAGAAUUCCCUUAAACAUCCCUUUACUUAACUUGGUGGUAUCUGGUUUGAAUUAAGUGUCUAUUCUUGCUGUGAACUUUGGAAUAGAGCUCAAGCGAGGGCUCUUUGUUUUGCAUUCUCAGAACCCAAAUAUCUGUGCUUUAAAAAUAACCUUCCAUUGUGACCUUUCCUCCUCCUUAUUGGACAGCAUCACACAGUUUUUGCAGAUGUUAAAUAUUUAUUAGGAAAUGGAUGCCUCAGCCUUGUCGAAGCCUACUUAUGUCUUUACUGAGGAUUAGAAGACAGAUUGCAACUUAUAGAAGCAAGCAGCAAGUGCCAGCACAGAAACAGCUUCAGGUAUGCCUUCCGUACUAGCCAUGAUUGAGUGCUUCUCUCUGUUCCAUUCGUAACCCGAUGUACCAAGCGUUGAAGUGUCUGCUUUUUGUGUCGGAGAGGAACUGAUGCAUCAUAAUGUAGGGCAGACAUUGUCAAGGCACAUUCUGCAAACUGGAAAAGUCCCUUGUAUUCUUUUCAGAUUGUUGAAAAUAGACAGAAGCAAAGUUUUAAUAUAAUUUUAUAAAGUUGUAUUAUACAUUAUAUCUAUUUGUAUGAAAACUGUUUACUUUUAUGCACUCGCACAGUAUGAAAAGGAGGUGUGUUGUGACAAAAAAAUAAAACCUUUGAAUUAAAUGUGA